CCCCUCCCCGUAUCUCCUCCAAGAUGGCGAGCGGCGGCAGCGGAGGGGUGUCGGUCCCUGCGCUCUGGGGGGAAGUGAACCGGUACGGCCAGAACGGCGACUUCACGCGCGCCCUCAAGACCGUCAAUAAGAUACUGCAGAUCAACAAAGAUGAUGUAACUGCCCUCCACUGUAAAGUGGUUUGCCUUAUUCAAAAUGGAAGUUUCAAGGAAGCCUUGAAUGUCAUCAAUACUCACACCAAAGUGUUAGCCAAUAACUCACUUUCCUUUGAGAAGGCCUAUUGUGAGUAUAGGCUGAACAGAAUUGAGAAUGCCUUGAAGACCAUAGAGAGUGCCAGCCAGCAGACAGACAAACUAAAGGAGCUUUAUGGACAAGUGUUAUACCGAUUAGAGCGCUAUGAUGAAUGCUUAGCUGUGUACAGAGAUCUUGUUCGAAACUCCCAAGAUGAUUAUGAUGAGGAGAGAAAAACAAACCUUUCAGCUGUUGUUGCAGCUCAAAGCAAUUGGGAAAAAGUGGUUCCAGAGAACUUGGGUCUCCAAGAAGGGACGCAUGAACUAUGCUACAAUACGGCAUGUGCACUCAUAGGACAAGGCCAGCUGAACCAGGCGAUGAAAAUCCUACAAAAAGCUGAAGAUCUUUGUCGCCGUUCAUUAUCAGAAGACUCUGAUGGGACUGAAGAUGACCCGCAGGCAGAACUUGCCAUCAUUCACGGGCAGAUGGCCUACAUUUUGCAGCUUCAGGGUCGCACUGAGGAGGCUUUGCAACUGUACAAUCAGAUAAUAAAGCUGAAGCCAACUGAUGUAGGAUUGCUGGCUGUGAUUGCAAAUAACAUCAUUACCAUUAACAAGGACCAAAAUGUCUUUGACUCAAAGAAGAAGGUGAAAUUAACAAAUGCAGAAGGAGUAGAGUACAAGCUUUCCAAGAAACAGCUACAGGCUAUAGAAUUUAACAAAGCCUUACUUGCUAUGUAUACAAACCAGGCGGAUCAGUGCCGAAAAAUAUCUGGCAGUUUACAGUCCCAAAGCCCUGAGCACCUCCUGCCUGUUUUAAUCCAAGCUGCCCAGCUCUGCCGUGAAAAGCAGCAUGCAAAAGCAAUAGAGCUGCUACAGGAAUUUUCAGAUCAGCACCCAGAAAAUGCUGCUGAAAUUAAGCUAACCAUGGCACAGCUGAAAAUUUCCCAAGGUAAUAUUUCCAAAGCAUGUCUAAUACUAAGAAGCAUAGAAGAGUUAAAGCAUAAACCAGGCAUGGUAUCUGCGUUAGUAACCAUGUACAGCCACGAGGAAGAUAUUGAUAGUGCCAUUGAAGUCUUCACACAAGCUAUCCAGUGGUAUCAAAACCAUCAGCCCAAAUCUCCUGCUCAUUUGUCUUUGAUAAGAGAAGCUGCAAACUUCAAACUCAAAUAUGGGCGGAAGAAGGAGGCCAUUAGUGAUCUUGAACAGCUGUGGAAACAAAAUCCAAAAGAUAUUCACACGUUGGCACAGCUUAUCUCUGCUUACUCACUUGUGGAUCCUGAGAAAGCAAAAGCUCUUAGUAAACAUUUGCCGUCAUCAGACAGUAUGUCUCUGAAAGUAGAUGUUGAGGCGCUUGAAAAUUCUCCUGGUGCUACAUAUAUUCGGAAGAAGGGUGGAAAAGUUGCCGGAGAUAGUCAACCAAAGGAGCAAGGGCAGGGAGAGUUGAAGAAGAAAAAGAAGAAAAAGAAAGGAAAACUGCCUAAGAACUAUGACCCCAAGGUAACACCAGAUCCAGAAAGGUGGUUGCCAAUGCGAGAACGUUCUUACUACCGAGGAAGGAAGAAGGGUAAAAAGAAGGAUCAGAUUGGAAAGGGGACGCAGGGAGCCACUGCAGGAGCUUCAUCUGAACUGGAUGCCAGUAAAACCGUGAGCAGCCCCCCCACCUCCCCGAGACCUGGCAAUACAGCGGCGCCAUCUGCAUCUACAAGUAACAUCAUCCCCCCAAGACACCAGAAACCUGCAGGCGCUCCAGCAACAAAAAAGAAACAGCAGCAGAAAAAGAAGAAAGGUGGAAAAGGUGGUUGGUGAUUAGAACAUUCUUCUUGCAGGCUGUUUUUAAACUACUCAGUGACACUAGGAACAUAAUAAAGGUAACCCAUCAAGAAGCACGGAGCUGCUCCUUCCUCUCAUCUCCACAUUUUCAUUUGACUAUUUUCUGUGUAUCAAAAGAAAGAAAACAUUUGGCCUAUUUGUACCUAGCUUUGCACAGAUCCCCCGGGAUUCAAAAUAAUUGACCUUUAUCCACCUUGGUAUUUGGUGUGUCCUUUCUCUGUGUGCUGAUCUUUUGUUUCAUUGUUCCAGUUUUACAAGCAGUCAUGUUAGCAAAGGUUUCCAUGGACUUAAAUAGAAACUACUACUCUUUUAACUAGAGUCUGAAGAUAGUUGUUCUGUCAAGUCCCACUUGAUAAAAUUAUGUUUUAGGAAGCAUUAAGGAGACUCAAAAUGAAUCUUCGGAGCAUUCCAUUAUCUGCUUAGAAAUUAUUAUAUGAUAACAAGGGACCUUAUUAAUACACAGUAUUCUUUAUUUUGAGUGGUCAUUUAUGUUAGAAAAACUAAAUGUUUCAUUUUAGCCACAAAUUUUCUCAUGUGAUACUAGAGUUUGAAUUUUUACACAUGUGCAUUAUAUAUGUAUAUAUAAACCCAUUGUUGUGCAUGUGCACACACACAAUUGAAGUCUCCUUUUAUACCCACAUCUGAUCUAUAUCUUUUUCAAAUUUAUGAGAACAUGCUAGAGAAUCAAAGAAUGCAAAAUCUAUCGAUGUUGCAGAUUGACUCUUAGACCCAGAGUUCUGAGAGUAGAUUUAGGAAAGAUUUGAUGGCCCCUUUAAGAACAAGAACAUUUACUUCCUAUCAGAGAAAAUUAAUUUUAGAUCAUUCAGAAGCAGACAGUAUUAAAACUUAACAAAGCUGUUGAUUGAUUGGGCCACACUCGGUGCUGCUCAGGUGUUACCCCUGGUUCUGCACUCAGGAAUUACUCCUGGCAGUGUUCAGGGGAACCAUAUGGGUUGCUGAGAAUCGAACCUGGGUCAGCCACAUGCAAAGCAAGCACUCUACCCUCUGUGUUAUCUCUCAACCCCUGACAGAGCUGUUUGGCCCCGUUAAUAGAUACUCAUUCUAGUUAGGGGUUUUGGUAGGAUCAUUACCUUCCCAGAGGGAUGAAGUAUUGUGCAGUCCAGUCUGUGGUAUCUGUGCCAUCUGGUCUCUCCCUGCUAACUUGCCACCUUCCCACUGAACAGCAUGUGACAGACAUUACGAGGUCAGCCCUGUUAGUAUUCACUGUCUGCUGCCCAAGAUAGCAUUGCGUUUAGAGUUGAGUAUCUCCUUGUGAUCCUAUUACUUCAUCCUUGUUAAUAAAGUGCUGCUGUGUUUGA